AACAAAUUCUGCACUGCAUCUAAUAUUUAUUCCAGCCAGUAACGCAGCGGGUGUAGGUUUUCUUAACGAUUCCGCGGAAUAUUGUUUGUUUUGUUCCUAAUUAUAAAAUGAUGUUAUUAUAACGGAAUAUUGUGCGUUUUUUUAAACCGGUGGGGUUGAAGUGUGAUAUUUUAUCACUAAUCUGUGAAGAUAAGAACACGAUCGGGCGUUCUCAAUCUCAGUGCAGAUUAGUUCGUCUGGAGAGAAUAAUUUUAUCUCGGAAAAAUAUGAGAGAAUAUCAUAACUAAUACGCUACGGAUCAAGAAAGCUCGUGUUUUAAUUUAUUUUAAUUUGAUACACGUGCUUUGAAUCUUAUAAUUAUGGAUAGCUCAGUUAUGGCGGGUUAUGUUCCGGAAUAUAUUUGGAAUUUUGUGGAGGAAUUGGACGAACACCCGUGGCUAUUUGCAGCUCUUGCAUCGAUACUUGUCGGUUUAAGUGGUAUUCUGCCUUUGCUGAUCAUUCCUAUCGAUGAAACUGCGACUUUUAAAGACGGAGCUGGAGCUGCGACCUUGAGGAUAUUGCUGAGCUUCGCUGUAGGCGGUCUGCUUGGUGAUGUCUUCCUGCAUUUGUUACCUGAAGCCUGGCAGCAUGAUCUGGCUAAUACUAAAGAAGGUGAACAUGUAUCAAUGAAAUGUGGACUAUGGUGUUUAUUCGGUAUGCUGGUAUUCAUUGUGGUGGAGAAACUGUUUGCUGCUGCAGAAGCUCAUGAAGAAGAAGAAGAAAAACCUAACGGACCAAUCAAGCAGAUAGAGAUAGAAGAGAUAGAGAAGUUGUUGGUAGCGGAGAGGAAGAGCCGGGGGAAAGAGAAUGGAGGACUCUGUGGGAAUGGAACUGUGACUGCUAAACAGUUGUAUGAUACAUGUGUGUUUAAUAAUAAUACUAAAGGUGAAGGUGGAUGCUGCAGUGCGGUGGCCACCAACGGUGCUGUAAAAUGCAAAGGCAGCAGCCGCUGGAUGGGCCGCUGUCUGCUGCGAGAGGCGAGAGAGAAAGCUCACCAGCUCAGCAAGGAGAAGACUGAGAAGAAAGACGUGGCUGGUUACCUCAACCUAAUGGCAAACUCCAUAGACAACUUCACUCACGGCCUGGCUGUGGGAGGAUCAUUCUUAGUCGGCUUUAGAGUUGGAUUGUUGACUACCUUCGCUAUACUGGUGCACGAAAUACCGCACGAGGUGGGGGACUUUGCUAUAUUAUUGAAGAGUGGUUUCUCACGCUGGGAGGCCGCCAAAGCACAGCUGGCCACAGCAUCAGCAGGUCUGAUCGGAGCCAUGACAGCUGUAAUCUUCAGUGGAGCGAGAAAUGCUAUAGAAGCGAAGACAUCUUGGAUAGCACCAUUCACGGCGGGUGGUUUCCUCCACAUUGCGCUGGUCACCGUACUCCCAGACUUACUCAGAGAAGACGACAAGAAAGAAUCCGCUAAACAUCUAGCGGCUUUGCUCGCUGGAAUCGCUGUUAUGGCGUUCAUGACCAAGUACUUCGGAUAGACCAUUAGACCGAUAGACUGGAGUUUGUGAAUUAAGUGUAACAGUAAAUAUUAUGGUGCUAAGUUAUGUGUUGAGUGAAAAAUCCGGUUUUGAGUGUGUUAUUAGAAAAAAACAUCAGCAGAAA